AUGGUGUCCUUCUGCUUCCCAACCGAAACUCCCUUCGUUCGUUCUGCAGCCUACUGAAUCAGGUCCACACGAUCGCGAAGGAAAACUCCAUCCGAUCGCAAGCGGGCAUGGACGUCCGACCCGAACCCGCCGACGCCGGCUCCGACAUCUUCGACUCCUCCCUCAACCUCGAGGACGCCCACUUCCGGGAAGGCUACGCCGACGGCCACCGCCACGGCGUCGCCGCCGGCACGGAGGAGGGCCGCCAGGUGGGCCUCAAGACCGGCUUCGAGACCGGGGAGGAGCUCGGGUUCUACCGCGGCUGCGUCGGGGUCUGGGGCUCGGCCAUCCGGGCCGACCCGACCCGGUACUCGGCCCGGGUCCAGAAGAGCGUGCGGACGAUGGAGGCGCUGCUGGACGGAUACCCGACGAUGGAGCCGGAGGACGAGCGGGUGCAGGAGAUGAUGGGGGAUCUGCGGUUGAAGUUCAGGGCCGUGUGCGCGAGCCUGGGGGCAAAAUUGGAAAACAGGGGGUAUUUAAAGGGCAUGUUAAAAAUGAUGCUUGCCUGCUGCAAGGUAUACAUCUCUGAAAGCCGAAACAGGUCUGCACUUGAGGCGAUUGAACGAGCAGCUAAACUAUUUCCAGAAACAGCAGUGCUCAACAAGUUUGAAGAUGAAAUUUACAAUAGAGUCGGCUACACAGUUGUGUCUAGAUUGGCUCAGAAGUCGUCUUCAGAUUCAUGUCCCUUGAGAAGUGCUGUAUUAGCAAUGGUUAAGACCGCAUUUGAUGCGAUUGACCUUGAGUCGCAUAGCGGAAGUCAUCCUAGGCUUGGGGUUGUUGAUCAUAUCUGCUUUCAUCCCUUGGGUCAGACUUCUCUGGACCAAGUGGCCGCCAUUGCAAGGUCCUUGGCUGUUGACAUUGGCUCUGGUCUUCAAGUACCCGCAUUUCUGUAUGGAGCGGCCCAUGAAGAUGGAAGGACACUUGAUUCUAUCAGAAGAGAGUUGGGGUAUUUCAAGCCUAAUGCAAGUGGAAACCUGUGGAUAGGUGGCCCAAAUUCACAGUCCAUGCCCCUGAAGCCAGAUGACGGUCCACCUCGAGCAGCCCAAGGAAAAGGAGUCAUUGUGAUCGGAGCGACUCGAUGGGUAGAUAACUACAAUGUCCCUGUUUAUUCUAGUGAUAUAGCCACUAUCCGAAGAAUUGCAAAACAAGUCAGUGGAAGAGGAGGCGGACUUCCUUCAGUCCAAGCCAUGGCACUCACUCACGGUGAUGGUAUCAUUGAAGUAGCAUGUAAUUUGUUGGAUCCAAGUAAAGUUGGAGCAAACAAUGUUCAGCUUGAAGUUGAGCGACUCGCCAGGGAGGAGGGCUUGUCUGUGGGAAAGGGGUAUUUCACCGACUUUUCACAGGAGUAUAUAAUCAACAGAUACAUGAGUUUGGACUCCCCUCCAUAGGCAAAACUCUAUGUUUGUGAAUUUUGAUCUCUGUCGGAUUUAUUGCUUAUGCACUAGAGGUGUUUCUUCUAUGAUCUGGAAACUCCCCAUUGUAAGACUGAGUUUCACCAUGUGGCAAAGCAAAUUUUUGCUAGUGGUUGAUGGUUGAUUUAUAAAUGGUUUAUGGUAGAUUCAUGUAGUUGAGUUCUUCCGGCAGCAUAUGUUACAACUUGUGGAAGCAUAAUGUAUGCCUUGCCAAUCGACUUUGUUUUAA